AGUUAUGCUAUCUGGAUGGUGUAUUGACAAUCAUAAUCUUUCAAUACAUAGUAAUGAUUUUAAUGAAGAAAGUUUAAAUAAUGAUGUUGAUAAUGAUGAUACCACAAAUACUGUUACAAAUAUGACACUUAUCAAAUGUUCUGAUAUAUGUCUACGAUCCAAAUGGAAUCUAAACGAUAUCGAAGCAGCUGGAUUUGUUUCUUCCGACCUUCACAAGAACGGCCUUUUGGCUCUGCAUCUUAUACUUUUCAAGAAGAAAGUGAUGAUUAAAUUUUGUGUCGGUGAUGUGGUUGAAAUUGCUUUAGUAGAUGAGAAAAGUGGUUUUGCAAGUGUUAAAGCGAUAUUUAAACAUCACGGAAAUGAUGAGCAAGACUAUGUUUUUAUAUAUAUUGAUUGGUUUGAAGAUAUUUCAAGGCAGGAUGAGUUACUUUCAUGUCCAAUAUAUCGAUUACAAAAAGAUACUAAUCAUUCUUGGUAUCGAAUUCACCCUAUAUAUACAGUGAAACACACUUCGGAA